ACAGAGCAAGACUCCACUUCAAAAAAAAAAAAAAUUCAUCUUGUCCAGGAACUUAUUAUAUAAUAAUUAACUCAUUUUCAAACCAUUGUUUUCCUUAACAUAGUAGGUAAAAACCGUGCAUUUGCUAGUCUUCUGGCAACGAUGGUUACCGUGAAGAUAUUGUACUUUGCAGCUUAUAAGAAAGUGUGUGAACAGCAAGACUUUUGCAGUUGUAGGUUCCAAAGUUUGGGAAAUAUGCAUCCUCCUUCAGUCACCUAUGGUGCAUAGGCUGACCUGCAUGCCUUGGGUUGGUCCUGUUUUCCCCAGGAUGGAUCAUGAAGCCGCCCAGCUGGAGAAGCAGCAUGUGCACAACGUGUACGAGAGCACAGCCCCUUACUUCAGUGACCUGCAGAGCAAAGCGUGGCCUCGUGUCCGCCAGUUCCUCCAAGAACAGAAGCCGGGCAGCAUCAUCGCAGACAUAGGUAACCCACCGUUGGGCCAUGCAGCAUGAAAUAUCUUCCAUUGAGCCUUUGCUUUUGAGAUUCAUUUUUUAUUUUUGUUCUAAUAAGAAUCCUGAAAUUGUACCCUUGGCAUGCCAGUGCCUAGAAUAUUCAUUUUACAGCAGAAACUCAGACAGUCAAGUCAGCAGCAAGUAAAAAACUUUCUCAAACUCUUUUUUUUUUUUUUUUGAGGUGGAGUUUCACUCUUGUCAGCCAGAUUGGAGUGCAGUGGUACAGUCUCAGCUUGCUGCAAACUCCACCUCCUGGGUUCAACUGAUUCUCCUGCCUCAGCCUCCCAAUAGCUGUGAUUACAGGUGCCCACCACCAUGCCCAGCUGUUUUUUGUAUUUUUAGUAGAAACGGGGUUUUGCCAUGUUGGGCAGGCUGGUCUCGAACUCCUGACCUCAGGUGAUCUAUCUGUCUUGGCCUCCCAAAGUGCUGGGAUUACAGGCAUAAGCCACCAUGUCUGGCCUCAAACUUUACAUUUAGACAGUGACUUUUCAGGGCCUUUGUGUACAUCCUCCACCAAAACGGACCUAACAUUGAUUGAAUAAAUUAGGAUGGAAAUGAUGGCUUGUGAAACUGACCAUUGUAAAUUUAAAGACCUUCACAUUUGCCAAAUGUGUUCACCGCUGGUGGCUCACUUUGAGUGGUUCACAUGCCUUCUAUAGAAUUGUGAGAUUAUGCAAGAGGUCCAGUAAUGCCUUAUGAAUCUCAUGGGUCCUUUCCCUUAAUUAUUCUGUAGGUGUUUCAUUAUAGGAGCAUAUCUUUAAUUAGACAGUAUUUUCAUAAUAGCUUAUUUGUCUGGAGGACAUUGGUUCAGCAUCCUCCUAAAUCAAGAACUGGUAAACCACAGCUUAGUAGAUCUAGGACUAAGACUUAAGUUGUGGUUGGAAUCUCAUGCAAGGCCUGCCCACCUAAAACUGCAUUCUAACAAUUGCAUGCUGACUGCACCCAUGAGUCGUUAAGUCUGUAGUUGCAAAGUCUGUCUAGUUUGAUAUUCACUCUAAAUACUGGUAAGAGAAACAGACAUACUGGAACUUGUGACUUGCUGAAAAUGGUAUGAGUAAUGUGGAAUCUGGGGAAGGGGUGCAGGUCACAUGGAAAUUGGGAGUCUUUGAAAAAUAUCUCUACCAUGUAAUUUAAAAAAUAAUAAAUCUAGUUUCAGAAUGUGCAGUGAGUUUGGAUCUAUUACCACCUGUUAAUGUAAGUAAGCCACGUACCAGGAUCUUAAAAUCAGUGGGGAAAAGGAACUAUUAGGUAAAUGGCUUUGGGAUAACGACAUAUACAAUCAGAGAGUUACUUUCUCACACCUUACAUCAAAAUAAAUUCCAAAUGAAGCAAAGAUUUAAGUAUAAGGAAAUGCGCUCAUUAAAGGACUAGAUGACAACUAGAUUGUUAUUUAAAAUAUUCUCAGAGGCAAAAUGCCUAUGUAUGAUACACAUACAAAAAGAAAUCAUAAAAGAAUAUACAGUUCAUUGCCAUUACUCACAGUACUUACAUUUCAUAUAUGUAUCAUAAGCAUUGAAUUGGCAAAUACUGAAUCAUUACUCAUAGGGGAAAUAUUGGAUUAGGCUCCUGUAAGCUUUGGGUCACAACAUUUUUAUCAAUUUACCAAUGUGUAAGCUUGUUGCAUUUGUGCUUCUGUUUAAAGACACCUUGAUUACUAUGUAUCAUUAUUUCAUAAACAUUAGGCUCAUAGCCAACACACUAUAACUCUUUCCUGAACAAAGCUUAUCUAACACAUAUAUUUUGUCCAUCAGAGACAUCCCAGCCUUCUUAUGUUCAGGAACACUCGACGGCAUUUCAGCCCCAGGCUUAAGCUCUUUGAAACAGCAAAAUCACCAGUAAAAACUGUACAAAUGGAGAAAUCGUGGCCCUAAAUAGAUUAUGGAAAGGACACACGAUUACAGUAUGGGAGCUGAAAAAAGGAGGCUGGGUAUGUGGGUCUCAGGUGACUCAAAUAUUUUGCUGCACUGUUGUGGGACUGGAAAGUAUCUUAAAGUGAACAGCCAGGUACAUACCGUGGGCUGUGACUACUGUGGGCCACUGGUAGAGAUUGCCCGGGAUAGAGGAUGUGAAGCCAUGGUAUGUGACAACCUUAAUCUCCCCUUUAGGGAUGAGGGCUUCGAUGCCGUCAUCUCCAUAGGAGUCAUACAUCAUUUUUCUACGAAACAAAGAAGAAUCAGAGCAAUAAAAGAAAUGGCCAGGGUCUUGGUUCCUGGAGGCCAGCUGAUGAUUUACGUUUGGGCAAUGGAGCAAAAGAACCGUCGCUUUGAGAAGCAAGACGUGCUCGUUCCAUGGAACAGGGCCCUGUGUUCCCAGCUCUUCUCAGAGUCCAGCCAGUCUGGGAGGAAGAGGCAGUGUGGACACUCAGAAAGAAGCCAUCCCUACCAUCCUCCUUGCUCUGAGUGUAGCUGUUCUGUUUGUUUUAAAGAGCAGUGUGGUUCAAAACGGUCCCACAGCGUGGACUAUGAACCUGCUAUGGCAAGAACUUGUUUUGCAAAUAUUUCUAAGGAAGGAGAGGAAGAAUAUGGAUUCUACAACACAUUAGGAAAAUCAUUUCGUUCCUGGUUUUUCUCCAGGUCUUUGGAUGAGUCAACUCUGAGGAAGCAAAUUGAAAGAGUAAGACCCUUGAAAAACACAGAAGUUUGGGCCAAUAGCACUGUAACAGUCCAGCCUUCCAGACACUCUAGUUUAGACUUUGAUCACCAAGAGCCAUUUUCAACAAAAGAGCAAAACUUAGAUGAGGAAGUGUUUGUGGAAUCUUCUUCUCGAAAACACUUAGAGUGGCUGAGAGCACCAGGCACUCUGAAGCAUUUAAAUGGAGACCAUCAAGGAGAAAUGAGGAGAAAUGGAGGGGGGAGUUUUCUGGAUAGCACUAAUACCAGUGCGAAUUGUGUGGAUGCAGGUAACUUAGAAGAUGAUAAUCCUUCUGCUAGUAAAAUAUUGAGAAGGAUUUCUGCAGUCGAUUCCACAGAUUCCAACGCAGAUGAUACAAUGUCUGUCGAAGAUCCACAGCCUGAUCUUUUGGACUCCAGAGCCUUUAUGCGCUACUACCACGUGUUUCGAGAAGGGGAGCUCUGCAGUCUGCUCAAGGAGAAUGUAUCAGAGCUCCGUAUCCUGAGUUCUGGAAAUGAUCAUGGUAACUGGUGUAUCAUUGCAGAGAAAAAGGGAAGUUGUGAUUGACUGGAUCCUUUUAGACAACUCCUCCAAAAGACGAACCACAUUUUUUUUCACUAGGUUUGAUAUGGUUACCUGAAUUUGCAUUCAGUGUUAUUUGUUAAUACAUUUAUGAUUUGGUCUGCAGAGACUGUGAAUUAUAUGGUUGUUUUUGUUUUUAUCUUUGAAUAAGCACAGAUCCUGGCACUGAAAGCACUUGACAAAGGGUAUUUGUGCUUAAAUGUUAAUAUAAAAGAUCUGAAGAAGCAACAGAAAAUGCCCUUCAGUACAGCUCAGAUUUUUUUUUAACUCCUGAGAGAUAAAAUACAUUUAUAGUGUUUUUCAGUGUUACACAUGGAUUUAAAAAGAUGAUGCUGUUAAAUAAUCUUUUAAAACAGUAUUUUUAUAAAGUGAGGGGAUAAUUUCUGGUUCUCAGGUUAUAAUUGAGAGCAGUGUGCAAGAUAAUAGGUAAACUUGAUCCAUUGCACAAAUAUACGUUGAACCAUGUGAUGACUUAUCUUGCUGCCAAGGUCUUGCUUCUACUUAAAGUUUUCAGAAAACUGAGUAACAGUAGAGAGAACGAAGAAGUGAUACAAGGACUUUUCUAAAUUGUAAGCUAACUUGCUUCAAAAUAAGUUGACAUGUGAUAGUAAGGUUUUCAAUGUAACCCAGGAGGUUUUUAAAGGCACUGUUAGGCUGAGCAUGGUGGCUCAUGCCUGUAAUCCCAGCACUUUGGGAGGCCAAGGCAGAAGGAUCACUUGAACCCAGGAGUUCAAGAGUAGCCUGGGCAACAUAGCAAGACCCCAUCUCUAUAAAAAAUUAGCCAGGUGUGGUGGUGCAAGCCUGUCAUCCACGCUACUCAAGAAACUGAGGCAGGAGGAUCACAUGAGUCCAAGAGUUCAAGGCUGCAGUGAGCUAUGAUUGCACCACUGCACUGCAGCCUGGGCAGCGUAACAAGACUCUGUCUCAAAAUAAUAAUAAUAAUAAUAUUGAUAAACGCAAAUGUUAGCUUGUAAGUAGUGGAGGAUGUAGGUACUAGUAGCUAUAUGCAAGUACCCAAGUGGUAUUCUUCCAAUCUUAUUAGAAGCAUGAAUAUUCAAGAUUGAUAUUACUAUUGCUUAUUAGCAAGACUGUUAUCAAUCAUGCUUAUUAGAAGCAUGAAUAUCCAAGACCAGGAUUGACUAAUGAUGAGUCUGCAUCAAGAACUAGGCAUUUCUUUUGAGUCGACAGACUCUUUAGGAAAGGAGAAUCUAGGUGAAGCACUGAUUUUGGCUCUGAGAACAAACAGAUUAAGGUACAGCAUAGUUAGCCUUGGUAGAGGUAUGACUGGGAUUUGCUGUAUCCUAUAAAAUAGUGUCUGGGCAUUUAUUUUAUUGAAGGCAACUAUAUUUUAUUAGUUAUGUUAGGAAUUUAGGUAGAAUCAACUUCUACUUAUUAAAGGUUGAAUUUCUGUCGCUUUGUAGAGAAAUGAAUAGACUGGACACUGUGUGGUCAGUGUUUAGAUUUGCCCAUGGGUCUGUUUAAAUCUAUAUCAUGGAUCCUGAGACAUAUAUAAUUAAGACAGGUCUAGAGACAGGAGAAGCAGAAAUAAGUUGACCCAGGAGUACAGUCUCAAGUAGUUCAUGAAUGAGAAAGUGGACAUCUGACAAGAGUCUUUUACUUUGUCCUGGCUGAAAAUCGAAAUCUUGUUUUAUUUUUUCCACUAAAAGAGACUAAAAUAAUAACGAAUUUCAUUUGUUCUUGGGUUCUUUUUUCCUUUAAUGAUUGUGCUGUAACUUAAAAUAAUGAUGUUACUUUUGAACAUUUUUAAAGCAUAUCUGAGAACGAUUGAUGUUUAUAACUCUCUUUUGGCUUCAAAAUAAGAUUGUGUUAUCACCAUUUUGGUAGAUGAGGUUGUCUGAUGAAAAUGAUGUGUAUUACUUCUACCGUUCAGUGUACAUCCUGCAGUAGUGGACGAUUGAAAACAUAUAUAAGCGGAGUAUAAAUUAAAGAUUAAUUUGGUUUCUUCUA